AAAGGAGCUGUAGAGUACUGUAAAGAUCCCAGAUCCAGCUGAAGCUGCAAUCGGCAUCGCCCGGUACGCACUCUCAAUUCCUCUCAGGCGCUCAAUUCCAUGGCCAUCGCAGGACUGGCCCGUCAUCCGUGAUAGAUUGGUCGUGCGUCUCCUAUCAAUUCAUUUCUCCGACCGAUCUCCCCCACAAUUUUUACUUGCCCUCUUCCCCGGGACAGGAUCGCUUGCCGUCCCAAUGGCUACAGAAACAGUCGAAAAUCAGACACAUAACCCCGUCAAUGAUAAGAAAAGCGGCGCCCAGACGGAUGUGAAAGCUGCUGCGGCUGUGCACGAGCAGGAAAAGGAGUUCGUGGCUUCGGUUCGUCCGGCGCAUGAACGGUCCCUGAACCCAUUCGUUGUCACAGAACGUCCGGAGGAUAAGCAUCUGGGGAUAUCUGCGCGGAGUCUACGGCUGGAUGACUUUGAACUCAUUAAGACCCUUGGCACAGGUACCUUUGCCCGCGUGUGGCUCGCACGGUUAAAAGAUUUACAAGACCCAAAACAAGUAUAUGCGCUCAAAGUACUUCGCAAAGCAGAUGUGAUCAAACUGAAGCAGGUGGAACAUGUCCGCAACGAACGCAAAACACUGAGUGCUGUCGCUGGCCACCCUUUCAUCACCACUUUAAUAACUACUUUCUCUGACGACCAAUGUCUAUAUAUGCUGCUUGAUUAUUGCCCAGGGGGCGAAAUAUUUAGUUUUCUUCGACGUGCACGACGAUUCAGUGAAUCGACAGCGAGAUUUUAUGCCGCAGAAAUAACCCUGACACUCGAGUUUCUCCAUGAUGUUCAAGGCGUUGCCUAUCGUGAUCUUAAACCGGAAAACAUCCUUCUCGACGCGGAAGGACAUAUAAAACUCGUCGAUUUUGGUUUUGCCAAACAGGUCGGGAACCGUGAGACUUACACUCUUUGCGGGACACCGGAAUAUCUUGCACCUGAGGUCAUCCAUAACAGCGGCCACGGUCUUGCUGUGGACUGGUGGGCGCUGGGGAUCCUCAUAUAUGAAUUCAUCGUUGGACAGCCACCAUUCUGGGAUCAGAAUCCGAUGCGGAUAUACGAACAGAUCGUCGAAGGCCAUAUCCGUUUUCCGCAGAACAUGUCGCCAGCAGCUCGAGACAUUGUCUCCCAACUAUGCAAGACUCACCCGGCCGAACGACUAGGGCAUAUUUCUGGCGGUACUCGCAGAGUGAAGUCCCAUCCAUUCUUCGAUGGAAUUAAAUGGGAUAGUCUCUACUAUCAUCGCGUUAAAGGCCCCAUAGUGCCACGAGUGGAGCACCCAGCGGAUGCUGGGAACUUUGAGGAGUAUCCAGCCCCUCCUGAUCCAAGCACGCUUACUGCCUAUACCGACGAGAUGAAAGAUAAGUACGAGCCCUUGUUCAAAGACUUUUGACCAUGGGUACAUUAUAUAUGGCUGGAUAUAUAUGACCUUGGACUAGAAGCCAUUAUUGUUCCCAGGUCUCAUUCCAUUCCUUCUCUUCGCAUAUCCAGGUCGCUGGUCGUGCUUAAGAAGGUUUUCCCUAUUGUGCUCUUGACCCUCUAGUUCCAGCUUGCAAUUUCGACCUGCCAUCUCACGUGCUUUCCCGUGCAUCCAGUCACAUGUAAUAUAUACCUAUAGCCCUAUAUACCUGCACAGUAGCGACAUUUCUUUCCGACUACGUUUGUCCUUCAGACCUGUCCCAUUUUUCUAUGGACUAUCUCGAGGAUCAGGACUACUUCCAUGACAACAAGGCUUCGACAAGGAACCAAGACACGAAUACACAUU